UUUGGGGUUAAGUCCACGUAUAUAUGCAUUAUCUUAGCAGCUUCCUAAUAUUCCAUACACGCUCCAAGGGCAGUUUGGUCAUUCCAGUCCAGCAGCUCGAGCUCCAUUGCCAUGGCAGAGUCCAUGGUCUAAAGGCAGGCCGGAAAAGAGAGAGCGCCCAGCUUUCUUGAAAUUCUCCACUCCCCGGUCCUCCUUCCAUCAUCGGGUCUGAUCAGAACACCAAAAAGCUGGCAGAACGAAUUCAAGUUCAUCCCCCGGGAACUCGCUAGACCUACCAUCGCUGGGGAGCUGCCUAGCAGGCAAGGAAGUACCUUUAACGCCAUUGAAGAGGGAUCAGAGAGGAAGGUGAUGAUCACUCGGUUUCCUGCGAACCCGAAAAUUGAUCCCCCUAGAGGAACAUGAUCUCGCAUCAAUGGGUAAUUCCUUUGACGAUAUUAACCUUAGUAUUCGUUCUCCGAGCUGAGGCUCAAACGUCAUCCAUUAAGUGCAACCCAACGGUCCGAACCUGCGGCUAUGGAAAGUCGGCCACCCGAGUCAGCUACCCUUUCGGGUUUUCCUCAGGAUGCCCGAUCCCACUCAGCUGUAAUUUCACUACUAAAACCAACAGCAGCGUCCGAAUUGGGGAAUUUAAGGUCCUGAACGUGACCCGAUCGAGCCUACUGGUCGAGCUUCCCGUGGAUUGCAACCGACCGAUCGACUCCAUCUCCUCACUCUUUGGACAGCACUACGCGCCCGCCUGGUCCAACGGGCUCCUCCUCCAGCAUUGCUCUAAGUCCCUGAACGGGUGCUUGAUCCCGACGAGCUUCGUGGAGGGUAGAUUCGAUGGGGUCCAUAACUGCUCCUCGAGGAGCAGCCGUAACGUCAGCUGCUUCAGCCAGGAGAAGAGGAACGCGGAGGAAUUGUUGGGGCACGAUGUUUUGAAAACGACCGGGUGUAAGUUCCUCUUCUCGUCUAUCGCGGCGGUCGGUCCCGACAAGAACUCCCUCGAGUUCCAGGCGCUGGAGCUCCGGUGGUGGCUCCGUGAGCCCUGUGAGUCGCUUUGCUCUUUAAAUGCGAGCUGCAGGAAGGUUGAGCUCUCCGGCGGCCGUGUUGGGCACCAGUGCCAGUGCGAUGACGGGUUCGAGGGCGACGGGUUCAUCGCAGGCGACGGCUGCCGUAGAGAAACUUCUGAUUGUGUUGCUUCAAGUUACUUCUCGGGCCGUUGUGGAGGCAAAACAAGAGUCGCAGUUCUUAUUGGAGGCCUUGUUGCUGGAGCUUCCUUGAUGGCCGGUGUUGCUGCCAUUUGCUACUGCAUCCGACGCCAUACGAAUUCCUUAAAAAGCAGGAAGAGCGCUAGGCGCCUUCUCUGUGAGGCUGCAGGCAAUAAAACUGUUCCUCUGUUCACUUAUAAAGACAUUGAGAAAGCAAAGGGAUUCUCUGAGAAACAGAGGCUAGGAACUGGAGCUUAUGGUACUGUCUACGCAGGAAAGCUCCACAACUAUGAGUGGGUUGCGAUAAAGAAAAUUAGGAAUCGGGACACUGACACCAUCGACCAGGUCAUGAAUGAGAUCAAGCUGCUCUCCUCAGUGAGCCACCCGAAUCUAGUAAGGCUCUUGGGGUGUUGUAUAGAGAAGGAUGAACAGAUCCUCGUGUACGAGUUCAUGCCCUAUGGCACUUUGUCUCAGCACCUACAAAAGGAGAGAGGAAACGGACUUCCAUGGACUAUAAGGCUCACGAUUGCGAGUGAAACUGCUCACGCGAUCGCUUAUCUCCAUUCCGCCAUGAAUCCUCCAAUCUACCACCGGGACAUCAAAUCAAGCAAUAUCUUAUUGGACAUCAACUACAACUCGAAGGUUGCAGAUUUCGGUCUCUCUAGGCUCGGGAUGACAGAGACAGAACUAUCCCACAUCUCAACCGCUCCGCAGGGAACUCCUGGCUACCUUGACCCUCAAUAUCAUCAAAAUUUCCAUCUCUCCGACAAAAGCGAUGUAUACAGCUUCGGAGUGGUCCUUGUGGAGAUUAUAACGGCAUUGAAGGUUGUAGACUUCUCCCGGCCCCACAGCGAGAUAAAUUUGGCUGCACUUGCCAUUGACAGGAUUGGACGGGGAUGCGUGGAUGAGAUAAUUGACCCGUUCUUAGAGCCGCAUAGGGAUGCGUGGACACUCUCCUCUAUCCAUAAGGUGGCAGAACUGGCAUUCCGGUGCCUCGCUUUCCAUAGGGACAUGAGGCCUUCAAUGAUGGAAGUGGCCGAGGAGCUUGAGCAUAUCAGGCUUAGUGGUUGGGCCCCGAUGGACGAGAACAUGUGCUUGGAAUCAUCAGUCGCAUCCUUCAGCUCCUCGCCUUAUAAUGGGAGUGAGAAGUCCUUUGGAGGCCUUUCGAUGAAGAAGGCAGCAGUAGGAGUGGGAAGUCAGAGGUUGCUGAUUCCUCAGAGGUUGGCAGAUUGUCUAAGUUCCGUCGAGGAGGUUAAGGAUCGUUCACCAGUCUCUGUCCAGGACCCUUGGUUGAGUGAGCAGAGCUCGCCUUCCACAAACAGCCUGUUAAAUAACGUGGUCCAGUGAAAAAAAAAACGCCCGAGUGAUUAUUUACCAUGGUAUAGCAUUUUGUGAAUAUGAUAUAUCAAUUUCGCGGUAUGUGUUACAGGAAAUGGUUUACAUGAUGUACUUACGAUUGAAAUCUUUUUCAAAAAGAUAUAGUGGCAGCUAUGUUAGGGGGGAAAAACAGUGAAAUCAAAGCAUUAGAAUUUUAGUUGCUCAAGUUGAAUGGAAGGCUAAUAUUUGUGCUCCGAGUGGUUUCGGUUCUAAAGUUGUUGGCAAGGGAGAUUACUUCCCUAGCUAAUUGAUAUUGCAGGGCUAAUAUUUUAUUGAGAGAGACCGAAAUUUUAUUG